AUGGCCGAAGAGCCUAGCGCGGCAAAAGGAAAGGCUGCGGCGUCUCCGCCUAAACCGGUGGCUGACAACCCCUUUGAGGCAAUGCCCUGCGCAUCUGCGCAGCCGGCAAGUGGAUCUCGUCGGGAUGAGACGGUUGGUGAUGACGCCGUCGUGAUUAGCCGCGCCGACCUCGAGGCGCUGAAGACGGCGAGAGACGAGGGCGAGUGUCAGAUUGCGCGGCUGGAGGCGCUACUGCUGGCCAUAAACGAGAGGGAAACGCAUAACAAGAGGCCGAGGGGUCCGAGGGAGGAACGGGCGCAGGGAGAUGCGCGGCCGCGCAAGCGCAGGCGGGUCGAAUCGGGCUCGGAGGACGCGACAUCGGAGGAGGGAGAGGAAGAAGAUGCGGAGGCGGAGCCAGUGAGGGCACGCCGUGUGGUCCGGCGGCGCUAUAUGACAGUGUUGAGCUCACCCAUACUUCAGGAGGCAUUUGAUUUCCUGCCGUCCGGCAAAGCAUGGAAGAGAACGUGCGACCAUGUGCGGGAGUUCCUGUUCAUCGAGCGGGCCAAUGAUGUCAUAACCUUUUACCCAAGCAGCCACGACAAGACGCUUGGAUUAUGCCGGGUCAUACCACGAUUGACGAUGAAUUAUGCGGGGCUCGCACUGGCGGCUGACAAGGCGCGAUGCGCUGACCUGAACAAGGCACUCAGCCAGUGGAAGACAGAGGUGACGGGCCGCGUUCGAGAGAUUGCGCUGCCGCGCAUUGGCCUAUGGCGCAACGAGCGAGACAGGAAAAGCCCGUGGGCACGCAAGAAGCGCAGAGAGGCAGCCGAAGUUCGGCUUCGGUAUCGCGUGCUGGACGACGUGAACGAAGAUCUGACGUUGUCAACCUGGAGCGAGAGCAGGACUGGAAUGAUCUUUGCGUCGGGAGCGUUCACGGCGUGUGCCGUGACCGCCUUCCAGCCCAAGAAGGUCACGGGAGCGGUGACCGUGAAACUGUACCAGAUGGCGUGGCUCGAGCAUGUGGUUACCGACACGGUUCUUAACUGGGACAAGCGCAAGGCCCGCCUAUCAAACUCUGCUGGUGGCAACGCGGAGGUGGUGAACGGCCUCCACCAAGUCGCUGAGGGGGCAGUGGCGCAGGCGAUCCAAGACUUCAAGCCCAAGUACGAUGCUGAUGCCCAGGCGUGGGUAUGGGGGGAGCACGGGCUGAUGCUGUCCUCGUGCGGGCUAGAGCACUUGAUUCCAGGCCGUUACGCGCAGAGGGCGCCAAUCGUGGAAGACGGUGGUUCGGUUUCUCUGGGCACUGACUGA